CCGAGGCCCUUUCAGGCCUUCCUUUUCCCUCAGCUGUUUUUUCCCUCCUCCUCCUCCUCCUCAAUUUCCCCCCUCCCUCUCGGAAUGCCCGGAUGUAGAGCCAGCCCCGCCGCCAUCUUGCUGCCUCAAAGCCAAGGAGAGCCGCAACCAGGCAGGCAGGCAGUCAGGCAGCCAGAGCCCAGCCGCCCAGCCGACAGCCCCGCACCGCCUCGAGCCCCACGAGAUGUCGGCUCCUGCUGCUGCACCCCCUGCUGCCGGAGGAGAGGGGGUUGGCCCUCCUCCUCCACCCCCCAACCUCACCAGUAACAGAAGACUCCAGCAAACACAGGCUCAAGUCGAUGAGGUAGUGGAUAUUAUGCGAGUCAAUGUGGACAAGGUGCUGGAAAGGGAUCAGAAACUCUCUGAACUGGAUGAUCGUGCUGACGCCCUGCAGGCUGGAGCAUCCCAGUUUGAAACGAGUGCAGCCAAGCUCAAACGCAAAUACUGGUGGAAGAACCUAAAGAUGAUGAUAAUUCUUGGAGUGAUAUGCGCCAUUGUCUUGAUCGUUAUCAUUGUUUACUUCAGCACCUAGUCGGAUACCUGGAGCCAUUUCCCAUCCAAGAGCAGCGGCCGGGAGAGGCAAGAGGGGCGAAGCAUUCCCCCCCCCUCCUCUAGAUCUCAGCCAUAUCUUCCAGCCCCUCCUCACCCCCCCUUUACCAUUCCUGCCCAGUUCCCCCCUCCCUUGUGUGUGUGCGUGCGUGUGCAUUGCGUGUGGGUGUCCUGUAAAUAGCCUGAUUUGUUAUUUAUACAUAUAUAUAUAAUAUAUAAUAUAAUAUAUUUUGUCUGUUUGUAGAUUUAUUACUAGACUUUCCAUGUGUCAUGGAAUCCCCGUCCCCUCUUCUGCCAACCCCUAACGUCUCUCUUUCUCUGACAGUGGUUUUUUUUUCAUUGUCUUGACUUCUAACUCAAAUCUUCAAGGACCAAUAAUUCCCUGUGACCCUAAAUUCCUCUCCCUGUUAAAUGGGCUCUUAAACACUCCCCCGCCCCUUUUUUAUUUUAUUCAUUUAGAGCAUUUAUACCCUGCUCUUCAGCCACAAGGGAUCUCAGAACAGUUUGCAAAUUGUUACUCUGACAGUUCCCUGCCCUCAGGCUUAAAAUCUAAAUAAGUCAGGACACAGUGAUGGGUGAAGGCAAUAAAUCCUGCAGAUAUUGCCAGCUCUUCUCUCCCUCUGCAGCCAAAGCAAUGGCAGUUGGGAUGGAGGGAAGGCUUUUCAUCUGCUUUAGAGCAUAAUAAAACUGUAGCUCACUUCUUUCCCCAAAAUUAUCACCUGAAUACUGAUGGUGAACAGUGCUCUCUCUUGAAUUGUAGACCCAUCUGCCCAUCCCCUACUCUUCCAGAAAUGUUAAGACACCUUUUUGGAAGCACCUGAUCUUUGCUGCCUGUGACUUUUGACUGUAGGCUUCAGUGUCCUGAGUUUCUUUGCCCACUCUUCCUUGAUCUCAACCCCUUCCUCCUUCGGUGCAGGGAAGGAAGCGAAGUCGAAAACCUUUCUAAUCUUCUGCAACAUUCCUGGAGUUGUUCCGUGUGCUGUGUCUUCUUAAAAGUCACCCACCGAACACCUUCUAAAACCCCUUCAGAUAUGGUGACGUUGUAUGAAAUUCCUGCAACAGGAAUUCCUCUCCUUGCCUUCCUCUGAACAAGGUGGUGACAGCUGAUUUUCUUGCCAUUAGUAUAGUCCUAUAGAGAAACUGCCUCUUUUUUAUUUAAACCAAACGCGCAACAAGGUAAUAAACAAUAUAUGUUACAUUCCACACCUCUUCUGUAAAGGAGGCGACAACGUUCUUUCUAGAAUGGGAAAAGGGACAGUUGUUUCCUCUUCCCAGAAUAACUUCCUGAUUAACUUCUUGCGAUCACUGCCUAUGUGUAGGGAAUUGGAGUGUGGAUGUGUGUGCACGAAUGCAUGUCAAGGGGGCAAGAAAGAGGGGAAUGAAGUCUUUGGUUUCUUUCAGAAGUGAUGGGAGAAAUCAGAGUAUUGACUUCUCCAGAUGGGACGUCAUAUAAUACAGGAAUUGGACGAGGAGGGGUUACCUUGGGGUGGGGGGGAGCCUUAUUCUUAAAUCUACAGGGCUAAACAAAACUUUAUUUCUCCCCUGGCCCUGGGGGCUACAUUUAGAUGAGUGCAUUGUAUCCUUGUCUCUCUUUCUGUACCCUGUAGUAAAAUAAUGAUUGUCGUGUCUGCUCUCUUAACUUCUGAAUCGAACUGCAGGCAAGGAAGGGGUGGGGGUAGAAGAUGUUUAUCUGCGUGGAUGGGAAGAUUUGAGUCUGGUGUACAUUUGUUUGGGGGAGCAGACCCCUUCUUCUGUACUCUUACUUUUCUAUCCUUGCCCCAAACCAGCCGGUUCAACUUUGCAAACGUAGUAUUUGUGAUAUCGUGCCGAGUGAGACCUUCCGACUCCCUUGUCUAGCACAAACUGCCAUCUUUCGUGGCCUGUUUAUAAUGUCAGCGACUUGUGACUUUUAACAUUAUUUUUGGUACAUCUCUUCCCCUGCCUCGAACCCUUCUUCCCUUCCUUUCCCAGUCUUUCCCCUUUCUCUCCCAAGGAGGGAGGGAAACGGUUCUCCCUUGUCAGCUCUCUCUCUGUACCGAUUGCUCUCUUGAGGCCAAGGAAUUCCAAGAAGAACCCCGGCAGGCGUAAUGUGGCAUCGUGACAAAAAGAAGAUUGGGGAGACACCCAUGCAAGUUUGGAGGGAAAACGGCACUGGGUGUCUCUCGCUGGCAACAGUUACAAACAUGGCGCGGGAGAUUAGUUAUGCAUUUUUGUGGGGUUGGAAUAGGGAUGGAGACAGAGGUCUGAAGCUGUCCUUGCUCCCGACAAGGAGGGACAAGGGAGCCUGGCGGUUUGGAGGCUGAUGUCCUUCCCUAUUCCACCCCAUUUGCCAAGGAUUGUUAAUGGUGGCGGCGGCAUUCAAAAUGGGGGGCCUGAAGUGUGACCUGCUGGGGAAGAGGCUCGAGGUGGGAUAUGAAGCUUGAGUUAACUCCUUUCCAGGGGGUUAUAGUGAUAGUGGGGGUCCCUGAUACAUCCUCUUCUGUAUAUAAGGUGAAGAAAGGUGUAUGUUUGUGGGAAAGGGGAAGGGACUGCAAUUCUCUAGCUGAGCAGCAGGUGUCACUGCUGCUGUCCAGCUCUUUGGGAUCCAGCCUUUCCCCAAUUCACUGAAAGAGUAAGGAAUUUGAAAGGGGAGAGUUUGGCCCCAAAAGGUGGGCCUUCGUACCCAAUCUCUGAAAGCAGAUAUGAUCGAUUGGGGCAUACAGUAUGCUGCCCGUUCCUCCUCCUACUCUCUUCCUCAGCAGGCCUGGGUUAUGCUGGAAGGGGUGGGGACCCCGUAAAAACAGAAUUGGGAGCGACUACGCUGUGAAAAAUAAAUACAUAUAUAUUGAAAUUUGGAAGACAAAAAAUACAAUAAAUAAAUGUCCUGUGGAGAACACCCAA